AUGAAACGAAGCCUUUGUUCUUCAUCCGGUUCUUCAUCAUCAGAAAAUGAUGAAAAUAAAGUAAAGAAAAAGGCUAAAAUGAUGAAUAAAAAAUUAGCCACUGAAGCAAUGUUAUAUUCUCCAGAGGGGGUAUUUGUUGCUCCGAAUGAUGAAGUUUAUAUGGCAGAUAUCCAAAAUCAUCGGGUGAGAAAAAUAUUAAAAGAUGGAACUAUAGUCACCAUCGCAGGAACUGGAGAAGAAGGAUUUAGUGGUGAUGAUGAUCCUGCAAUUAACGCACAAUUGAGCCAUCCAUGUGGUGUAUUUGUUUCAUUAACUAAUGAAGUUUAUAUUUCUGAUUUUGGAAAUUAUAGAAUUAGAAAAAUAUUAAGAAAUGGCAAUAUUGUAACAAUUGUGGGAACUGGAGUUAAAGGAUAUAGUGGAGAUGGUGGACCUGCAAUUAAUGCACAAUAUCAGCUGUAA